ACAUUUCCUAAUGUGUCUGUGUAUUAGAUAUGACUGGGGCUCAGGACGGCAGUGUCCGUAUGUUUGAGUGGAACAGGCCACAGCAACUCAUCUGCUUCAGACAGGCAGGCAAUGCCAGAGUCACACGCCUCUACUUCAACUCACAGGGAAACAAGUGUGGUGUAUCAGAUGGAGAAGGCUUCCUCAGUCUGUGGCAGGUCAACCAGACCUCCUCCAACCCCAAGCCCUACGUGAGUUGGCAGUGUCACUCUAAGACCUGUGGUGAUUUUGCCUUCAUCACUUCCUCCAGUCUCAUUGCAACGGCAGGACAGUCCAACGACAGCAGAAAUGUCUGCCUGUGGGACACUCUUAUUUCACCUAGUAACGCCAUGGUACAUGCCUUCCCGUGCCAUGAGAACGGUGCGACGGUGUUGCAGUACGCUCCCAAGCAGCAGCUGCUGAUCUCGGGGGGCAGGAAGGGCUUUGUGUGUGUGUUUGACAUCCGACAGAGACAGCUGCUACACACCUUCCAGGCCCACGACUCAGCCGUCAAAGCCCUGGCGCUCGACACCUCCGAAGACUUCUUCGUAACCGGCUCGGCUGAGGGGAACAUGAAGGUGUGGAAGCUGGCAGGCCAUGGCCUCAUGCACUCGUUUAGCACAGAGCAUGCCAAGCAGUCCAUCUUCCGGAACAUCGGAGCAGGUGUCAUGCAGGUGGAGACCCGCCCCGGCAACCGCAUAUUCACCUGCGGCGCCGACGGAACCCUCAAGAUGAGGGUUCUACCCGACCGCUACAACAUCCCCUCUAGCAUCUUCGACAUUCUGUAGACCCCAAACCACUUCCUGUACUGUCUGUAGAGAGGUCAUCUGAUUGGUUAGUGGUUGAACGUUGAAACGAUAACCAAACUUUCACUUGAAUAUUCAACAUCUUGUAGAAACGUAAAUACCUGGAAGGGGUAUGUCUAAAUGGCGGUGGAUAGGAAGGAGUAAGUUGAAAGAUUAACCAAACUUUCUUUCACUAGUAUAACAUUGUGUAGAGAGACGAAGAGAGAUCGGGGUAAAGGUUUACAGAUAGAUCACUGAGUAUUUUACACUGCUGGAUAGGCUAGUUGAGAGGGCUCUAAUGAUAUGUGUGACGUAGAGGUGAAAGGUUGAGAGAUGACCAAGGUUUCAGCAGCUUUGAGAGAGCAACAGAGAGUGUACGGUACGGUAUGACUUUACCUAGAGGAAAUCGUAUCAGAAAAGUUCAAUUGAGCUGUGAAUAUUUUUUUCUUUCCCAAAGCCUAAAAGUGUGUAUUAAAACGUAAAGCAACAGGUUCCAUACUUGAUUUUAACAGUUAGAUUUCCUGUCAUUUUAAAAGCGGCUGCUGGACGUUUACGAGUGUGUCAGUCCAUAUGAAAGCUAUGCAUGACUUCCUGUUCUCGUUUUAAGCGGUGCAAUCACAUGGUUUAUUGAUAUGAUAGUGCUCUGUACAAGUGCUCAAACUCUUCAAAAGUGUGUAUCUGUUGUCAUUUUGUGCCCAUAAGCUGAAAACCUCUUAGCAUCUACAUUCACCAUCACUGUGGUUCCUUUAGUCAGUCAGUCAGUGGUCUGGUGUGACUCUGAAGUUGUUGGAUCUGCAUUUUGUUGAAAUGGUUUCAUCCUCUUCAUCCCCUGGCUAAUCUCACUGUUAAUGACAACGUUUAAUGGCACACUAUCCCCAUAGUGACCCCAUCCCAUAACACUGGCUGCCCAGUGACUCGCUAGCCUACUCCAUCGAUUGAUCUAUGGAUUGAUUGAGCCUAGCAGCUAUGUGAUCACACCUCUCUGUAUCUGCCACCCGCCUGCCGUCAAAAGCCUGUUUGUGCGGCAGCAGCGGCCUCACUGCUACAACCUUGUGUUUGGAAGAUGGUGUGUUUUGAUCCUGUGACUGUGUGUAGUCUAUAUGUCUCAUCUGUCUGUCCCCCCCCUUGAGAAGAAAGAAACACAUGGGGUCUGUUAUGUUCUGUAUGGGUCUGUUAUCUUCUGUUAUAUUCUGUAUGGGUCUGUUAUGUUCUGUAUGGGUCUGUUAUGUUCUGUAUGGGUCUGUUAUGUUCUGUAUGGGUCUGUUAUGUUCUGUAUGGGUCUGUUAUGUUCUGUAUGGGUCUUAUGUUAUGUUAUAUUCUGUAUGGUUCUGUUAUAUUCUGUAUGGGUCUGUUAAGUUCUGUAUGGGUCUUAUGUUCUGUAUGGGUCUGUUUUUGCACAAACAUUUUCUUUUUUGUUGUUGAACUAUUUACCUAUUUGUUUUUGGUUGGUGGGAUGUUUCUUUGCAGGCUGUUGUUAUUUGUGUUGGACUUUUUGCCUUUUACGUUAGGAAUGUAAGGGGUUAAUACUGUAUUUUACUGGGACAUAGUGCAACAUGGCAUAGGUUUGUGUUUGGUGAUUCUACUGUAAUGUAUUGGUUUUACUAACCUUAUUGAAUAGAUAUUUGCACUCAAAUCUGGGGACACUAAAAGUUUAUUUCAAAACGAAUAGGCUAUGGGAAGAACAAAUAAACUACUGUUAUAUACAAAUGAAUGUCUGGCUGUAUUUGGCCUAGUAGUAAAAAGUUAAAUAGUUUUAAUAUAUACAUAUAUGAAAUACCACAGCAGCUUGUACAAACAUGAAAGCAUUUUACUUAAUUUUUUGUUUUGUAUCAUACUGGCUGGAUUAGUUGUAUCUUUUGUUAAAUGUUUGUAUUGUUUUUAUUAUUAUACGUAUUAUUAUUAAACAGAUUUGUGUUUCCUUCCCUCCAUCUGGGGACCA